AUGGCUAUCUCGUCGGGUACCUCUUCUUCCUCUCCUGUGGAUAAUUCUACUCCUGUUGAACAUAUUGCUACUAGUCGUCUUCCUUUUCAUCCUGAUGAUUAUACGCACCCAUGCCACCCUCUAUAUGUGCAUCCUUCUGACCUCCUAGGUUCUUCCUUGGUCACUGAGCCUUUUGAUGGCUCUUGUUAUGGGAGUUGGCAAAGACCUCCAAAAGGGUCUCCUCUUCUUCGCCAAUGGCAAAGAUGCAAUGAUUUAGUUGUUGCCUGGCUGGCUAACUCUGUGACCAAGGAAAUCCAUCGUAUUGUUGUCUAUUCUGAGUUUGCAAAGGACAUUUGGAAGGAACUUGAGACCAGAUAUGUGAAAGCUGAUGAGGCCAUGGUCUUUGAGUUAAAAAAGGAGGUGGCUCAUAUUUCUCAGGGUGCCCUUGAUAUCUCUUCCUACUUCAACAAACUCAAACAGCUUUGGGAUGAAUUUGCCUCUCACUCUGCCAGUUCUGAUGAUAAGUGCACAUGUAGAGGCAGUCUUAGGUCUGAGGAAAAACAAAAGGUCUAUCAGUUCCUCAUGGGGCUCAAUGAUAUAUUUUCAAGUCAGAAGUAA